AGGUGUGUCUGUGCGUAAUCAUAUUGAUUGAUGAGAGAGAUAGCUGAUCUAACUCUCUCUGCCUUUCACAAGCCUCUUUGCGUUGCUUCAAAAGGAAAUUGAUUUUCCAACCACAAAUCUGAAGCAAGAAUCGGUUUCACAAGAGAAAUGGCGGCGAAUUUCAACAUGGGUUUUGCGAUCUCAGUUGUAAUAAUCGCGGCGGUGGCCGGUGUAUGGGUGGUUGCUGCCCAGUCGUCGAAGGAGAUAAUUGUGAAGACGGUGAAGGGACAGAAGGUGUGUGACCAGGGUUGGGAGUGUAAAGGAUUUUCCAAGUUUUGUUGCAACCAGACGAUUUCGGAUUUCUUCCAGACCUACCAGUUUGAGAAUCUCUUCGCCAAGAGGAAUACUCCAGUGGCUCAUGCCGUCGGGUUCUGGGAUUACAAGUCCUUCAUUACUGCUGCCGCCAAAUAUCAGCCACUUGGGUUUGGCACCACCGGCGGUAAGCUGACUCAGAUGAAGGAAAUCGCCGCCUUUUUCGGCCAUGUCGGUGCCAAGACUUCCUGUGGUUAUGGGGUGGCCACCGGUGGACCACUGGCAUGGGGUCUGUGCUAUAACAAGGAAAUGAGUCCCAGCCAAGAUUAUUGUGAUGAGUACUACAAAUACGACUAUCCAUGUGCUCCUGGAGCUCAGUACUAUGGCCGUGGUGCUAUACCAAUUUACUGGAACUAUAACUAUGGAGCCGUAGGUGAAGGCCUCAAGGAAGAUUUGCUAAACCAUCCUGAAUACAUUGAACAAAAUGCCACCCUGGCCUUCCAGGCAGCGAUGUGGAGGUGGAUGACACCUGUCAAGAAAGGACAACCUUCAGCUCAUGAUGCCUUUGUCGGAAACUGGAAGCCCACCAAGAACGACACCCUGGCCAAACGAUUUCCUGGAUUUGGAACCACAAUGAACAUUUUGUAUGGGGAUAAUGUUUGUGGUCAAGGUGAUGUUGAUUCCAUGAACGUCAUCAUUUCUCAUUACCAGUAUUACCUUGAUUUGAUGGGUGUUGGUCGGGAGGAGGCAGGACCCCAUGAAGUACUCACCUGUGCUGAACAGGCUGCUUUUAAUCCGUCCUAUAAAUCCUCUUCUUGAACUAUAAACAGGACCAAGUAAGCCUUAUCUUGUUGCUGCAUUGUUGAUCUAUUAAAGAACCAUGUAAUAAGAGGAUCAAGAUUUGCCUUAUUGUGCUGGCCCCUGUUAUUGUGUGAUUAUCGUUUAGAGGGUGAAUCGUAAUAUGUGAGAGUUGGUGAUGCUCUAGUUGUCUGUUAUACAGGUUUUGAAAAUUCAAGUUGUUUCUAUAGUUAGUGUAUAUGAAGUUGCAAGAUUGUCUAUUCUAAUCUGCUUUGUAAGUUUAUACUGGAAAGACCAUUUAUGUUCGACUUUUCUGCUUCA